GGGAAUUUUGCUAUGGCUUUAGGUUUGCCUAUGUUCUUGGGAGCUGGGGGCUGACGCUGCUCCUUCACAUCCAUCGUGGGAACCUUUCCUCCAACAGCCUGGACCCCUUCCUACCCGCUCCUAGCUCCGAGGUCCUUCCCUAGACUGUGGUGGUAACUGGGAGUGGAAACACUGAAUAAAAGAAUAAUAAUUGUUACUCACCAUGUCUAAAAGUAAAAAGUCUGGUUUAUUGCCACCUGUCCAGCCCUCAACUUCUGGGAAAGAAGCUAUGGACUUGAAGGCCACCAACCAAAAGGAGAUAGCGGUCUCAGCGGGGGAUGAGAAAUCCAGCGCUUUGGUCUGCUCCCAGCAAACCCAGCUGCAGUGUGAUUUCAUCCCGGAGGAAAUUAUUCUGUCUCUGACCAACGCAGCCUAUGCCUGCGGUUGCCCUGAAUCUUUACUACCCCCCAAGAAAGUCAAAACUAUCAAAGAAAUGAAGCCCGGCAUGCGCUCGACGAACGGUGUUUGGCAUCACCCAGGACGGAGGAACAAAUUCAGAUACCUGACAGAUAACCCCAUCUCGUUCACGGGAGCUGGAAGGGAUAUUUCUUUUUUGUAUGACAUUAAGGCUGAAAAACUAGAGGAUUCAUGGCUUCCACAGCUGGUAAAAAAGAUUACCUCCAUUCAAGAAGAGCCAUACCAGGGUUUGUCUAUCCCCCAGACAUCACCAAAAAAGUUAACGGAUACUCUGAUCCCUGAAGAAUUUCACAUUGCGUCCAGCACAGGAGUUGAAGGUCUACAAUAUUAUGAUGACAAAUAUACAACCCUGCUAACCGACAGUCAGAAUAGGCUGUUACUUUUCCCAUCAAUGAAACCAAAUAAGAGAAUUGAAGUGAUACAGCUGAAGAAUGUAAUGGAUAUGAUGCUAGAGAAGGCUGGUGUAGAUGCUGACAAAUCAGUAAAUGCAACUCAGAUGCACAGACUUCUCGAAGUGCUGAAGACUGAGCAGAACAUUUACAAUACGGCAUUUCAUGAAAUCAUUCGACAAAUCAGUGUGGAAUGUUCAGACAGAGGAGAACUCUUGUCAAAUAUAAGACAGAGAUAUGUGAAUUUGCUUGACAGAAUAGCUCGGCAGAUGAUUGAUUUUUACAAAGACAUGGUGGCCCAACGCAUAAUGGACAAGCGCAUCAUAGAAGAAUUGUUUAACUUCAGGAAGGUUGUUGAGGAGCUGAGCAGAGAGCUAUUUCUAGUUCGAGAAUAUGAUUUAAAAUUGAGGAAAAAAACAGAGAAGAUCCAUGAGGAGUUGAUGGUGGCUCUCAGUAAUGCAGAGAAGAAUGCCAGAAUUGUGGAACAAUAUCAUGACUUAUAUACAUCACAAAGAGUAAGGAUGGAAGCUGACCUUAAGCAGUUAACUUCUGAAAGAGACAUCUGGAGCACAGCCACCUAUGACUUGGCCCUAAAGGUCAUUAAAAAAAACAACCUCAUACUGACCAGAAGACUUUAUCUUAAUGAAAAGGCUUGGAAUAAAUAUGUCACCCAUUUCAUUGUUAUGUUGGCAUCCCAGGAUGCAGUAGACCUUUCGCAAUUGCAGAAGGCUACACAGCAGUGGAGAAGUAUUUUUAGACGCUUCAAAUAUGACAUGGAGCUAAGUGAAGAUAACAUCAAAGAGAAGGUGAAUUUUGUGAAGAAAACCCUCAUCGAAUUGCAGAAGUUCUUGGAGAAAAACGUUGUGGAUGGUAUCUUACGUCCCAUCAAGGAAACCACCAUGAAGACAGUAUGUGCAGACUUCAAGAAAUGUAACAAAAUGUUGAUUGAAAAUUCUGACCAUUAUGGUGGCGAUAAACUAGUUGAAAAGGUGGAGACCCUCAAGCUUGCUUAUCGCCUACAAGGAGCCUGGACAGAGUAUGGGAAAGCAAUAUUGAAUCGUCAUAAAACUAUAGAUGGAGACUUACCCUCACAACAGAGUUUCAUGGAUGAAAUUAAUGAGAAUGCUACAAGACUCUGUAGAGAAUAUGAAUCAAGGGUGAAUGGAGGAGAAAAUGGUUAUAACAAGUUUUUUCUAAGCUUAAAUUCUGCUUUUGAAAUGUGGAUACACAAGAUGGAAAGUAACCACCCAAUUUCUUCAAUGACUCAGGGGGACUGGAGGGCGCUUUAUGGGAGAAUUCCUGAAUUACUCCAGUUACUGGAUGGGAUGUUAGGCAUUAUUGGUGUUAUCCCAUUGACUGAAGAGCAGAUAAGGAGUAAUUAUGUCCCGGUAGUCCAAACUAAUGUGUUUCAUAUGAUGCAACAAUGGAUUUUGACCAUGUCUAAUGGGACGGACAAGGACAACAGUGAGCUUCAUCACCAAGUGAAUGAACUCCAUAUAGCCAUGAUUAAGUGGAUGGUAAAUAUGCUUAUUUUAAUGAUACCUGACUAUACUGAUGAGGAUUCUCUCCCAAAGACUGAACUAGAUGCCAGUGAGGAGGAAGUUCGUCUUCAUACAGGCAUUGCUAUGUUGGAAAUAGAAGGCAUGUCACUGGCAAAAAUGUUGAGCCGAUUCUCUAUCUAUAUAUUCAGUUGUUGCAAAAGCACGGUGGCAACAACGGCUAUGAAGAAAACAAGUUUCGUCAAUCAAACCGUUAAUAAUGAUAUCGAGGAUCUGACAAAGAUUAAGAAAGAAUGCAUCGACUGGGUUACUACGUGUAAUCUCCUCCUUUCUGAGAUGAAAGGAAGAAAAGUCACUUUGUUGACAAGUGAAGAUACAAAAAGCCUGAAUGAGUAUGAGCUAGACGUGGACGACAAGAACUACAACGUGAGCGGAUGGGAGAAGACUUUUGGGGAAAUGGCAUACAAACAGCUGGAAGAGAUACUUGAGACAGAGGAGUCUCCAAAAGAAGGCUCAGAGCAGGAGGAUGAGGUUUCUCCACCUCCAAAGACAAUCCUUGUUCGAUAUCUUGGAACAGAUCAAAACAUCCAUUCCAGACCUCUAGAGAUAGAAAAACUGUCACCUACAGAGGAAGAAGUGAGUACCCUUGCUAAAUUCGCCAACAGUGAAAAGGAAAGGCUUGAAUCCCUGGCAAUAAUUGAACAUUUGAAAGAGAAACUCCUGAGUACGGAAGUUCGUGUCCAGCUCGCAGAAGAGAAAUAUGAAGAAACAAAUGAGAAGCUGAAUGAGGCACUUAUGAAAAACCAUGAUCUAGAGAAAGAGCUGGAAAAAGCCCAGGAGCGUUUAAGGCUUGCCUAUGCUUGGGGACUAAGCAAAGAUGAGGAUGAGGAUGAGGAUGAGGAUGAUGACAAAGAAGCGGAACCCUCUGGAGGCAAAGAGCAUAAGGAUGAUACAGGGAGUAAAGGCAAGGACCACCAAGCUCAGAGUAAAUCUGCCAAAUCGUAUUCCACAUCCAAACACUAGUGACAAGUAACUUCUACAAAGAUGUUUCAUUUGCUCUCAUUCCCAGUUACUACAUUCGUUGAAUACAACAACUCCAUUCCAGAGCCAUACAGCUGAAGAUACAAUUCAAGGCAAGCACUCCUAUUGACAGUGCUUCCAGGGAAGCCAGCUUAAAUAUUGUAUUUAAGUCACAGUGAUUGUUGUAAUUAAUUAGUGCAACACUUUGGUGUACAGGGAGAGCCUGAAUUAAACAAGACUUGUGCAAAAGUUGGCUGAUUCCUUCCUUAUCUCCUGGUAGAGGUCUGUGACUUUAAACACCUCCAAGAAGUGAUGUGGGGUGAGAUCUUAGCUGCAUACAGGGGAGACAAUAGUCUCCCUGUACUCUGUCCUUUUUAGUCCUGGGUGUCAAUUUGAGAAAUGAAAGAGGAGAAGACCUGGAGGUCUGGGCAAAGGAAUAAAGACAUGAAACUGUCUUCAAGUAUUUGAUUGGUUGCCAUGUAGAAGAGGGGUUAAUUUUGUAUUACUUUGACACAGAAGUCAGAAAUAGGGCAUUCCAGAAAUGUUCAUUAGAAAGAAAAAUCUAAGGUAUCCCAUGAGAUGUCUCAUCACUGAUAAGCUCUGCCAUCCCUAGAAAUCUUAAAGCAGAAGUUGGGUGAUCAUCUCCGGGGGGUAUCAUAGAAAGGUCUCCUAUUCAAAUAAGAAUUCUACCCUAUUACCUCUGAGGUCCUUCAACUCUGCCAGAUCUCUGCACUCCUGUUCCUACCCUGUUUUCCAUUGUGCCAUCUUAAAUGAUGAUUCUAAAAGUUCACCUAGUCAGUGAUGUGAAUUGUACAUAGAGAAAAAAUAUUCAUCAUUCUCUCUGGCUCACAUGACUGAAAGUUUUAAUCUAGAUUAGAUUCGAUAAAGCAUUUAUGAUAUACUAUGGAUCAGGCUAAAUACUGAAAUGGUCCCUACUUUCCAAGAAAUUACAUUUUAGUGGAGGAAGGCAAUGUAUACAAAGGAGGUAAAAAAGGGGAGAUGAAUACCCCCAUUGAGGCAAGGUAACCAGUGCAGACCAAUGUAUGAGCCAGGAGAGAUCUAGCAUCUCCAAUCUUUGCUUUAUUCUCCCUUUUCUCUCUGUAUGCUACCAAUUAUUUGUAAAAAUUCUGUCAAAAUAAGAUGAUAGGUAUUCCUCUCUAUUCCUAUCCAGCAAUCCAAUAUAUUUGUUUCACUGUUAAAGACUUAAAAUCAGUAAGUAUUUGGGGCAGCUAGGUGGUGCGGUAGAUAGAGCACCGGCCCUGGAUUCAAGAGGACCUGAG